ACUACUCCUCCUCUUCUCUCUCUCUCAUCAUCUCCAAACAUUCUGCGCCUUCACCCUUUUCCCUACUUUUUCCAACUUCCAAUGGGCAUUGCAGGAGCCCAACAUCAGCGUCGGACAGUGGAUUUGGAGGACCUCCGCCGCAUCUCUGAACGUACCCCUAUGCAUCGGAAGGAUUCUGAUGACUUCUAUGGAAGGAGAGUUUUGUCCAACUCCUCCUCUGAUACCGACGAGGAGCCCGGCGACGAGCUUGUUUGCGUUACCAGUGGCGUCUCUCUCUUAGGCCUUGCGCUCGUGAAUCAACUUCUGCAGCGUGGAUUUUCCGUUCGGAUCCUCCUCGAUAAUCCAGAAGAUGGAGAAAAAGUGAGAGAGAUGAAAUUGAAAUCAGAAGCAGGUGGUGGAGUUAGCCGAAUAUCGACAUUGUCGGCCGAUCUAACGGAGAGCCAUAGCUUAGUAAAUGCAUUUGAAGGAUGUCGUGGCGUAUUCCAUACCUCUUCCUUCAUCGAUCCUUCUGGGCUCACCGGCUAUUCGAAAGCCAUGGUUGAGGUGGAAAAGAAGGUGAGUGAGAAUGUCAUGGAGGCCUGCGCAAGAACGUCAUCCGUAAGAUACUGUGUUUUUACCUCUUCUCUUUUGGCCUGCAUAUGGCGUGACGGAACACGAGCCGAGCUCCCCCCGGUCGUCGACCAUGAUUGUUGGAGCGAUCGAUCGCUAUGCAACGAUAAAAAACUAUGGUAUGCUUUGGGGAAGCUGAAGGCGGAGAAGGCAGCAUGGAGGAUUGCAAAAGAAAGAGAUAUAAAGUUAGUCACCAUUUGUUCUGCCUUGGUAACUCCUCCUCCUAACCUCUCUACCACAAAUUCAACUCCAACAAUUGCAUAUCUCAAAGGAGCAGAAGAGAUGUAUGAGCAAGGGCUACUGGCAACGGUGAGCGUGCGAAGAUUGGCAGAGGCACAGGUGAACGUUUAUGAGGCAAUGGGAGAAAACGAAGCACAUGGAAGAUACAUUUGUUUUGAUCAAAUAAUCAAAACAGGAGCUGAGGCAGAGGCUUUGGCAAGAGAAAUAUGUAUCCCUAUCACCAAAAUUUGCCAAUCUCAAGAAGAAGAAGCAUCAACAAGCACUUCUAGUAAGUUUCAGUUAUCAAAUAAAAGGCUUUUCAAUCUCACUUCUUCAAGAGCUCCUUCUACUCGCUGUUAUUCUCUAAAUGCAUUUCCCUAAUCCAACAUUAUUCUUUUCCACUUCGUUCAUCAAAAUCAAUAAUGUUUUGUAUAAUGGUGCAAUUGUGUUAAAAAGAAAAAGUGCAUAGAUAAGUCGUAAUAAAUGAUGAAAAGUAUGUAUUCCAACAUAGAUGUCUGAGGUUGGAAUUGAAUCUCAGACAUUAAGCUAAAAAGAGGGAUAACAUGCUUAGAGUAUAUUCUUUGGUUUUCAAAAUUGUAAUAGGAAUCAAAAUAAUGAUUCAAUAACUAAAGGUUCAAUUCUCUCGUUCAA